GGACGCGCAUCUUGUUCUCAGUCGGAGCCGAACCGCGCUGCCUGUCUGUGAAAGGCGAUGAAGAUGAUGAUAAUAUGUCGGAGUUUCAUCGCAGAUCCUCAGCCGCUACCGGCGGCUCUUCGCCCGGGAUCAGGCGCUCCAGCUCCGCGAGUGGAGGGAAAGGCGGAUUAUCUCAGCCGGCUGGAUGGCGGUGUCUGCUGUCUUUCACCAUCCUUUUCCUGGCGUGUGUGUGUGGAUUUAUCUCCAGACUGUUCGCGGUGAUCCGCUUCGAGAGUCUCAUUCAUGAGUUUGAUCCGUGGUUUAAUUACAGAUCUACCCAUCAUCUGACCACCAACGGUUUCUACGAGUUCCUUAACUGGUUUGAUGAGAGAGCCUGGUAUCCUCUGGGGCGAAUCGUUGGAGGAACAGUCUAUCCUGGUCUGAUGGUGACCGCAGGUCUGAUUCAUUACAUCUUGAACCUUGUCCACCUGACCGUCCACAUCCGGGAUGUCUGUGUGUUCCUGGCGCCCGUCUUCAGUGCUCUGACUGCGAUCGCCACCUUUCUGCUGACACGUGAGCUGUGGAAUCAGGGUGCAGGGCUUCUGUCUGCCUCAUCGAAACAGUGGAGGUCAGACUUUGACAGCUGA